ACCUGCCUGCCUUUGGCCCAUAUCCUUCUAAGAUGUUACUCCAGAACAAGGGGUCACAGUUUAAGGAUAAGGGGGAAAUCUUUUAGGACCGAGAUGAGGAAAACAUUUUUCACACAGAGAGUGGUGAAUCUGUGGAAUUCUCUGCCACAGAAGGUAGUUGAGGCCACAGUUCAUUGGCUAUAUUUAAGAGGGGGUUAGAUGUGGCCCUUGUGGCUAAUGGGAUCAGGGGGUAUGGAGAGAAGGCAGGGAUGGGAUACUGAGUUGGAUGAUCAGCCAUGAUCAUAUCGAAUGGCGGUGCAGGCUUGAAGGGCCGAAUGGCCUACUCCUGCACCUAUUGUCUAUGUUUCUAUGUAAAACUUUCCUAUACAUGUACCUGUCCAAAUGUCUUAAAUAUUCAACUACCUGCUCUCCCAGCUAGUUCCAUAUACCCAUCCCCACACUGUGUGGAAAAAUUGCCCCUCAGGUUCCUAUAACCAAACAUUGCAAAUCUCAGAUGCUCGUUGCUCCACUCCCUCUCUCCACCAGGGGGUGGUGCGGCCCGCGCGUACACCGAUGACGCGCGCCUCCGCCGACGCGCGUCCCCGCCAGGAGGCGCGGGGACGCGCCUGUGUUGACAUUUGAACAGGGUGAGUGGAGUGGGCGCAGUAACAGGUAGGAGAUUGAUCCUGGGUGUUGCUCCAAGCUGAAGAAAAGUUGCCCCAAAUUGGCAGGACCUUUGUUGGAACAUGGACCAAUUAUUAAGAAAAUUAAUCCAUCAGAAAUCCAUUGCUAUUAAUUGAAAAAAAAGUUACAAUCUUAUGGUUACUUUAAUCAAUUAUUUCUAUUUGUCAUAACACUAUAAGAGAAAAAAGUUUACAGAAAUAAUUGGCUCAUUAAUUCCAAUAAUAUUAACCUAUUGAAUGAUAAACAACACAAAAUCCUCAAGCUUUGAGCAUUUGCCCAUUUUCUAAGGUAUUUCAUUUACCAGAUCCACACCUGUUCUGUGUAGGAAGGAACUGCAGAUGCUGGGUACUGAUUGGGGACGAUCAGCCAUGAUCACAUUGCAUGGUGGUGCUGGCUCGAAGGGCCGAAUGGCCUACUCCUGCACUUAUUUUCUAUGUUUCUAUGUUGGUUUAAACCGAAGAUAGUUAUAAAAAGUUUGAGUAACUCAGCGGGACAGGUAGAAUCUCUGGAGAGGAGUGGGUGACGUUUCGGGUCGAGACCCUUCUUCAGACCUCAGAGCUAAAGGAGGUAUGCUCCCAUCCCUCUUGAAUGCUAUUUAUCAAACUUGUUGUCCUUAAAUUUGUUGAUGCAGGUAGCUCAAGCCAGAGGAGUAAUUCAAUAUUGGAGACGGAAAUGGAGGAGAACAUUAGCAGUGGCCAUGAGGUGCCGUCGUACAAGAGGAAAGACAAGUCAAAGUGCUCCUGCUCAUUGGAAGUGACCAGUGCAGAACCAAAGGAGGCCCAGUGGACUGAAGCAGACCUGCACCAGCUCAUGAACCAUGGAAAGCAAAUGAAGGAGAAUGAGGUGUUCCUGCCAGUUUCCACCUACGACACCUCGCCAGCCAUGCAGGCACUGCAGGACGCUGCCCUACCAGAGCAGAGCAACGAUGCAUUUCACUCUCUGCGCCAGGGGAAGGCCGGCCAACAUGGGGCAGACGAGGAGGUGCCCCAAUACGAUGUGACACUGAUGGAAGAAAAACUUCAACCGAUAGAACAGCAGCUUCAAUAUCUGCUGAAAAAGGCAGAGGAAUUUCAGACACACCUGGUCUACAGCAGAGACAGAAUCCACAACGAGGAGUUUGCACGGGCUGUGCCCAUCUUCGUGAAAACCUGCCAGCCAUAUUUUGCCUACCUGGAGUCUACAGCAAGGAGCCUCCAUUCCGACAGGAAGCCUCUCCCCGAAUACAUCCAGAAGCGGCUUUUGCAGUUCUCCCAGCAGCUGGCCUCGAGUCUGGAGCAGCUGGUUCUAAUGUAUGCAUCCUUCGGCUUCAUCUCGCUGGAGGAGACAGACCCUUGCAGCAUCUCCUACUUCUACAGAGGAGAGUUCCGCCUCGGCCAGUGGUUUCGUGUUUCCAUCUAUCGAUACUGUAUGCCGGUCCCAUACACGGUAGCAAGGGAGCCAAGCCUGCUCUUCAAGAAAAUCCGCUGGAACGUGGACACAAGUGAAGGGACGCCCUUUGGAGAUGCAACUGAACCCAGCACGGAGUAUUAUUUCCUGUGCUACAAGGAGGCAAGUCAAGUGAUGACCAUCCAGCAACAGGGACCCAAAGCGGGAACAUCGACAACGGGCAAGAGCCGGAGACUCUGGUCUAUUGGUCGUUGGGUUCAGGUGGAACCAGCCCCAGAGGAACCAGACCUCCUUUGUUGGUUUCUGUACAAGCAACCCCGUGGAGACUACGAGCUCCUCGUCACCAUUGGGUUUGAAGAACCAACACAGAUUGCUGCCACGGACCUCCUGGUGGACAUCCUGAUGAGUCGGCGGGAUGUCAGCGUCCCUGGGAACUGCUCCUCCUCUAAACCAAAACCAUUCCCUUACCUGCAGGUCCUGGGUCACCUGGAGUCGGCCACUACCUGCCAGGUUGUUUCAGAUGGGCUCAGCGCAGAUGCCUUUACAAGUUGACUUAGCCUUGGGGGCAGCUAUGGCCAAUACUCAACUCUCCCUGGAAUGGAUGUUGGUCAACUUUGAGUGUUUGAGCACAGAUGGGG